AUGGUCAUCUUCAAAGACUUUGUCGAGAGGCUCAAGUCUUUCAGCCCCGAUGAAAGAAGGGUUGUAUUCUUCUAUAUCUGCGGCAUCAUGCUCUACAAAUUCGGCUUAGAGGCAUUCGACGGGUCGAUCACCGCGCUUGCUACCAACCGUUACGACUUCGAAACAGCCAUAUUCAUCCUCUAUGCUGCGACAGGAGGCACUUCCGUUCCAGAAGCCUACCGCAAGGAGCAUCCCAAAGACGAGUGGUCUGAAUACGGAGACUACAACAACGACGCCAUCAUACCCAUCUACACAGUCACCGGUAUCACCUAUGGCAUGAAGCUUCGCCAGAUGGACAGCCUGGUACACAUCUUUUACGAGGUUGCCGGUACGUCAGGCGGUUUCGUCACAGCACUUGUCCUGGUUCCCAGUUUCGGUAACAACUGCUCGUUCAUCAUAACCCCAAUCUGCUUCUCUCUCGUGGCGACCCUGUGGUUCUGUGUUAGCAACUACUUGAUCAACAUCGGCAAAGGCUUCCUCCUCUCCUUCGAGUCCAUCUGGGUUGGGGCGAGGAUUUUGUUCACGUCGACGAGAUUCGUCUGGCUCGUCCCCGCAUACGGUGUUACCCUCUACGGCCACCAAUAUCUAGAGAAUGGCAUCGCGCCCCAAGUCUCCCGACGGUACCUGGGAAACUCGGCAUGGUUGCAGACCAUGGUCGGUGGCUCCAACUUUGUUGGCCAGGCCUGGAUUGUUGCUGCCACGUUCCUACCAAUCUGUUUCGGGUGGGCUGCGGGAGAUGUGUCGCGCCAUGCUGCCUAUAUCCAGGCCUCCCUCGCCAGACUCGAGGAUGAGGAACAUAGAGUGUCGCCUCUGGGUGCUGUCAUGGCAUUCUUGUACUCGUUCUAUGUCGCCACGUACGCGAUUGCCGGUACCGUCCUCGGGAGGUACCUUGAUGGCGUCUAUAAUCGGAAGGGAUCGGUGCGAGAGGCGCUGGUGAACACUACCGGAGUGCACUUGACCAUCAUCAUGAUCACGGCCUUUGCGUCGACGUUUAUUCCAGAGGGCUCUUGCUCUUUCAAUCGCGAUCCAGCAGCCUUCUCAAAUAUGUCCGAGAAAAACGUCCUCCAAAGAACGAAUUUUCGCAAAGGCAUAGUUUAA